GUCCAUGUGGAUGAGGUGAGUGUGCGUCACAAUAAAUAUUUCAUAAACGUUACAGAACCGCACGGUCGAUUAUGUAUCAAACGUUGUUUUCGAUCUAUUUAACAUUCAAGGAAGUCGGGUGGUUUUAUAUCGCCUGAGAUAUAAAAACUAACGUUAACCCAUGUUCGACCGACUAGCUAGCACCAAAGGACUCUGUGAUGAUCAUGCUAUGUGACAGCAUGAGUUUAAUGUAACCUUUACUGACUUUGUCAUUUAUAUUCGCCAUGUUGUAUGUUUAUGUUGUGUUCUAGGUACAUUGGGCUCAUUUCCCUCUGUCUUUGUAGCUUGCUUUCUUUACACUUGUGGAAUUGUAACCCUGUAUCUUGUGACUGUCCAUUUUUGGAUUAGUGAAUAUUUGGAUUGAUCAUCACCCAUUGCCUGUCCACCAUCAUGCUGAGUGACGUGGAGGCCAAAGAGCUGCUGUCCUUCCUCACCCUGAACACCAGGCCGGAUGUCAAGGGCCAGGCCACAGAGUACAUCCUGGGCCUAUCUGGCAACCGGGACGGCUGUCGCUACCUACAGUCAAAACCGGACUUCCUUAAAGCCCUGGUGACCCUCACCACCGACCCCUCUAUUGCUAUCGUCAAAGACUGUUACCACUCUCUCAUCAACCUCUCGGCUGAUGAGACCAUGCACCAACCGCUGGUGAAAGACGUUGACUUCCUCCCUACGUUGUUUAAAAACCUCCUGGACCCAGAGUUUAUGUUUGCAGACCGUAUCUGUACGAUCCUUACUAACCUGUCGCGGCACGUGAAGACAUGUAAAGAGGUGUUUAAGGUUAUGCAGGAGCAGGAGAUAGGUCUGACGCAGAUAGUGGAAAUAUUCUGCACUGAGGGCUACAACAAGCAGGCAUCGCUCCAUUACCUGGGCCCCCUCCUCUCCAACCUGACUCAGCUGCCCGAGACCAGACACUUUAUCCUGGAUAGGGAGAGGUCAGUGGCUGGGUGCUUAGCUCAUGAGAUCCAGGUUUAGGCUAGGUUAUGUCUUUUGACUUUUCUCAUCAUCCGGUAACGCAUGCUAUACAGGCCUAAAGAGAUGUAAAAUAUCAUUUUCCUGCCCCAUAAGUGUUUCCUGUCUGUUCCCUGUCCAAUGAUGAUGACCGUUCUUUGUGUGUAUGUUUGAUGGUCCACAGGUGUGUAGUGCAGAGACUCCUUCCCUACAUGCAAUACGAGGCCUCAACAAUCAGACGAGGGGGAGUCAUUGGCACUCUGAGAAAUUGUUGCUUUGACCAUGGUAAGGGACGAAAAGAGACAUGCAUGUUAAUGGCUGUAGGACAGUCAUUUCUAACCUUCCUAGUUAAUAUAAUAAUAAUAUGCCAUUUAGCAGACGCUUUUAUCCAAAGCGACUUACAGUCAUGCGUGCAUACAUUUUUGUGUAUGGGUGGUCCCGGGGAUCGAACACACUACCUUGGCGUUACAAGCGCCGUGCUCUACCAGCUGAGCUACAGAGGACCAUCUUUACAUUUACAGAGUUCAUGCCCGUUUUGUGUUGAAUUGAGUACAAUUAAUUUUCAGUAAACGUUCUAGCUAUGUUGACCUUUGACCUUGUAGCAUAUGUUUCCAAGAAUGUGUAAUAGAAAAAAAGUUACUGAUUUGGAUAUCUCUUCCGAUUUCCCCCAGCUCAUCAUGAGUGGUUGCUGAGUGAUCCGGUGGACAUUCUGCCUUUCCUGUUGUUGCCUCUCGCUGGGCCUGAGGAACUGUCUGACGAGGAGAAUGAAGGUAAGGAUGACAUCACACAACACCAUGGCAACAAGUUUCUCAUCUCCCUGUAG